AUGUCCAUUUUUGAAGGAGUAAGCUUUGAACCCUCAGAACAUGAAAAAAGAGAAAAUGCAUUAAAAGAAAUUAAAGGAAUGAUUUUAGAAUUAGAGAAGGAGGUUAGUGAUAAAACCGAAAAGGAACAAGAAAUAGAAGAAAAAUUAAACACAAUUGCUACUAAAGAAGAAAUAGAUAAAUGGAAAAAAGAAAUUUCAGAUUUUGAAUGUCCUUCUAAUACUGAACAAGAAUUAACUGUUGUGAAUGACGUUAUUAAAAACAUCAAUUAUUUUAAAAGAUGUCUUAGCUUAAAAACAAGUGAAGAAAGAAAAAAAGUGAUAACCGAAUUAAAAGAAAAAAAGAAAACAUUAAAAAUUGCUGAAGUAGUUUAUAAUGAAUUACAAAAUCAAGAAAAAGAAGAAUUAGAAAAUAAAAUUAAAGAAGCAGUUAAUGUUAAUGAAAAUAGUAUUAUUUUAAAGAAAGUUAAAGGUGAUAUUUCGUUCUAUAAAUGUGUAUGGCAGUGUAUUAUUAAUUCAAGACUAAAUGAAGGAAAUGAAAUUGUAGUUAUAGAAGAAUCUCAAUUCAUUAAAAUUUGUAUUGGAACUCCAGUUGAGUCUUUUGAUGAUUUUGUUUCUUAUUUAAAGACGUUACUUAAAAUGAUUCAAAAUAUUAUUGAUUUUUACCAAAUGCCGGAUGAUGCAGUGAUUGAUGCUGCAUCACAAUUUGUUCCAAUUUUAUCAAAAGCACGAAGUGGGUGUAACGAAAGUGAGUUUGAUAAAGAGUGGAAUGACGAAAUAAUUACUGAUGUGUUUAAAAAGGAAACUAAUGGAUUGGUAUGGAAGAAGAUUAUUUAUAUGUUAUUAUUCGAGAGAAAUCUUGGUGAUUAA